GCGUGUAAAUAUUUAUAAAUAAUAACAAUAGGAAAUAUCGCGUGGUCACGAUUAUAUGUGUAUUUAGAAAUUACAUAAACGUAUUAUUUGUGAAAUGGAAGAUUUUUAGGGAAAGUUUAUCAGACAGAGCCCGGCUUUAUUUAGGAAAAUUGUAAACAAAAAGACUAAAGAGCAGACAGUGGUGAUGCUCAGCAACACAUAAAAGAAGAUGAUCCGAAUCGCUGCUCUUAAUGCAGCCUCCGAGACUGCAGAUGAGCAUGAGGAUCACUUCAAAAGUACUAAGCCUAGUCAAACCAAGGAAGCUCAGGAAGCAGAGGCGUUUGCGUUGUACCACCGAGCUCUCGAUCUGCAGAAGCAUGACAGGUUUGAGGAGUCAGCCAAAGCCUAUCACGAACUCCUCAAGACGCCGCUGCUUAAGGAGGCGGUGCCGUCUGAAGAUGAGAAGGUCGGGCUGAAGCACCCGGGUCUGAUGCUAAAAUACUCCACUUAUAAAAACCUGGCUAGCCUCGCCGUGCUCAGGGAUGACUUGGACACGGCUACAGACUUCUACGUGGAGGCUGUCAUGCUGGACUCCACCGAUGUGAACAUGUGGUAUAAACUGGGUCAGGUGGCUCUGAGGAGAGUGAGCAUCCCACUGGCUCGGCAUGCCUUCGAGGUGGGACUGCGUUGUAACCCUGACCAUUGGCCGUGCCUCGACAGUCUCAUCACCGUCCUGUACACGCUCAGCGACUACAGCUGUUGCCUGUACUACAUCUGCAAGGCUCUGGAGAAGGAUAUGGGCUACACUAAAGCCUGGGUCCUGAAGGAGAAGAUCUUCGAGGAGCAGCCCUGCCUUAGACAAGACUCCAUGAAGUUAUUCUCGAAACUAGAUAUGACGAUGCACUACAGUGAUGCAGACGAAGAGGAGGCUCACAGUAUUGUAGAGGAGGCGUUAGAGCUGAGAAGACAGAGGCAAGCGAAACUGGCACAACCUCCUCUGCAAGACCUACAGCUGGUGGAGCCCAUCAAACGCUUUACUUGGAAGAAUGUAGGCGAGAGCUUCCUGGCCAUGUACAAGCACCAAAACGAGUGCCUGGUUCCACGACCUGACUUUGGUCGCCGAAUCGACCUCAGCAUGUACCGUGAUCCAGACAGCGUUCUCCAGACACCUUCAGAAGUCCAAAUAGUCCCAGACACAGAGUCACCCCAGUCCUCCACCUCUGUUCCUGCACCUGAGCCUCUUCCACUACCUCCAGCAGACUCCAGCAGCCCCAGUGCCAGCCAAUCCCUGCCCUCUGAGUGCCCUCCUCAACCACAGCCUCAAAGCAGCAGCAGCAUAGUCAGCCAGAGCGCCAUAGAUGUUGUCACUGUUGCUGUAAGCACUACUCCUGCUCCUGCUGUUUUGAAUGGUAGUGCUACUGCUGUUCCUCCUGUGGGCACUACUACCACUGUUGCUGCUUCUGCCAACCCUGCUGCACCCCCUGGUGUUCUUAUUACAGUUCUGGACUCGCCUCUGAACGACAAAGCGAAGAAGACCACAAAGAGGAAGAGAACGAUAGAUGACUCCGGAGAGACGGCCAAGAGGAGGUCUGCACGCGUUCGCAACACCAAAAGCAAGAAGGAAGAAAAGAUUGACUUCCAAGAGCUGCUACUUAAAUUUCUACCACCUCGGUUGAAGAAGUUUAAUGCUGAUGAGGAUGAGGAAAGCUUCAUGGAUACACAGUGUGAGGUGAAGCCCAGCUCCAAGCUCAACCAGGGCACUGGGUCAAAUCUCUCUGAUUACAUCAGCUCAGCGGAGAAAGAGCAUGAGGAAGUGCAUUCCUUCCUGCUUGCCAACAUGGAGAACGGCGGCAUCCUGGAACUCCUCAUGCGCUACUUGAAGGCAAUAGGGCAAAAGUUUCUGGAAGAGUGGCCCAGCGGAUUAAGCGGAGUGGUGAUGGAGAUUUACAAUUGCUGGAGGCGACACAGCGCAGGCCUGCCCAAUCCACUUCUCCGAGACUCCAACAACCGGCACAUCAAGGAGACGAUGAUGAUGAGUUUGUCAUGUAUGGAAAUGCAGCUGGAGCAGUGGGUCCUCAGUAAGGGAAAGAACACGUCUCAGAGGAGGAAUGUGUCAGGACACGGGGCCGACCACAGCGAGCUGGACAGCCAGGAGAAUCGCUUCCUGACCGAUCUGUACAUGCUGGUCAUGGCGUCCUCUCAGACAGAUGUGUUCGAGCAAGACUGGCUGUCCUUCGCCGUCAGAGUGCACUGGCUCAAAGCUCGGCACCUCGCUUUUCAGGGUGAUAUGGAGGAGGCAUUGGAGCGUUAUGAUGUGUGUGUAGGGCUCCUGAAGAGCCAGUCUCGCACCAGUGAUGGAGACAAACUCAUUAUCCACAUGCCUAACCUUUGUGUGGAUUCAGACAUUUCUGUCGAGGAGAUUGAGAAGAAACUAAAGUCUCUGGAGAGGUGCCAGUCACUGGAGGAGAUUCAGAGGCUUUUCGAGGCUGGCGACUACCAGUCAGUGGUGAGGCUACUCCAACCCACGCUGAGCUACGGGCCCAGCUCAGCACGGCCUAAGCCACUGGAGUAUGUCAGCUCAGCCCCGGAGAGACCAGCACAGCUGCUACUGCUUCAGAGCUCCUUGCUUCGCGUGAAGGAUUACGCUCAGUGUCUGGAGAGUACUGAGGUGGCCCUGAAUGAGGCCAUGCAGCACAUCAACGUCUUGAUACCCAGCAGUCCAUCUGCUAAGGAGGAGUGGGUCGCCACAGUCACGGCCAUGCUGCGGGGAAUCGAACAGUGCAUCACAGAAGAUCCGCACCUUCUCACCAGAACACCACCUGCUACCAACCUGCCUCGCCUCGCCAAUAACCUCAUACAGCUAAUAGCCUGCAGCAUGGUGUUGCCAGACGACCAUCACUUCUCCUCCAUGCUGCCGUGGAUGCUGCUCUACCACCUGCUCAAGCCGGACGAGGCAGAGCUCGACUGCUCACUCCGCCAGCACCAAGCUGAUGACGAUGACGACGAGUACGACAAUCCCCUCUUGCCAUCAUCUCUGGCGUUAUUAAACACGGCGCAUGAGUCCCUGGGCCGUCGCUCCUGGUGCUGCAACUCUGAUGGCGCUCUGCUCAAGUUUUUCGUGCGCAUUCUGCAGCAGAAGCUCCCUGAAGCAAAUUCACUGCCUUAUAAGGAGGACUUGGAGAUGGCACUGGAGCAGUGCUUCUACUGCAUGUAUGCCUACCCAAGCAAGAAGAGCAAAGCACGCUACCUGGAGGAGCACUCUGCACAACAGGUCGAGCUGCAGUGGAGUGACGCGCUCUUCUUGUUCGAGUACUUCAAGCCCAAGACCCUGCCAGAGUUUGACAGCUAUAAAACAAGCACAGUGUCUGCAGAGCUAGCCAACCUGCUAAGGAGGCUUUGCGCAAUCAUCCCUUCCUCCGACGAGCCUACGCUCUCCGUCGACGAAGUGUCAGCCUACAUAGAGGGAGGAACGCUCAAGGCACCUUCGCUCCCAGAAGGAACCCCUCCAGCACCCCUUCUGGUCAAUGAGCUGUACUACUUGUUGGCUGACUACCACUUUAAGAACAAGGAGCAGGCCAAAGCCAUUAAAUUUUACAUGCACGACAUCUGUGUGUGCCCCAACAGAUUCGACUCCUGGGCAGGGAUGGCCUUGGCCCGGGCCAGUCGCAUUCAGGAUAAGCUGAACUCGAACGAGCUGAAGAGUGACGGUCCGGUGUGGAAGCACUCACUCGCCGUGCUGACAUGCUUUAAGCGGGCACUGGAGAUCGACAGCUCCAACCUCAGCCUGUGGAUCGAGUAUGGCACCAUGUCCUACGCCCUGCACUCUUUUGCCUCCAGACAGCUCAAGCAGUGGAAGAACGAGAUGCCCCCGGAUCUCACCAAAUUGAUGGAGGAACGCAAGAAUUCGAUGCUGGAGACGGCGUAUAAGUGCUUCCAGAGUACAUCCACAUGUGGAGUAGACUGUAUAGAGGAAGAGUGGCUUAUACACUACAUGCUGGGCAAGAUCUCUGAGAAACGCAAGUUACCACCCAAAGAAUAUUUAAAGCUCUACAAACAGUCUGCUCAUUUUCUUCAUGAGGAAGCUGCAAGGUAUCCCCGAAAAAUCCACUACCACAACCCACCUGAUCUGGCCAUGGAGGCGCUAGAACUGUUCUUCCGUACAUCUGCCACUAUUUUGAAACUGUUAGAGAAAGAGGAUGACGAGGACGAGUCAGAGCAGAAGGGCCAUCUGGACUACGAGCUCUUCUUUAACAUGCUAACCGAUGCUGCUAUCGGCCCUUUCGCCCGCGGAGAAGAGAAGAGCUUGCCUAAAACAAGUGACAAGGAAAAACUCUCUUCUUUGAACGAUGAAGACUCCCACUCCUCCUCAGCGGUGACGGCGUUGAUGGCAACAAACUCUACAGCGACAGCCGUGCCUAUGACGACAUCGUUGCCCGGCGGCGGUGCGGCAGGUGUGACUUCCCCCCCGUGCGUGGUCACUCCGCUCGACCACGAUUACGCCAAACGUAAAAAGCUGCAGCAGAGGCAGGGGCAGCCGCAGGACGCCCUGUACAGGAAUAAAACACGCCAGAUCGCACACCUACCCUCAGCAAACCUCUCUCACGACCACGAUUACUGCGGGUCUGGGUGUGCACCUUCUUUUCGAGCAGGACCUGCGUAUGAGCAAAGUCAGGACAGCGUGGCAGCGCUAUCGGACUCCAGCUCCCUGCAGGACGUGUUCCUGGACCCCACCAGCUCACAGGACAGCACUCACAAGAUGGAUUCUGUGAAAUGUCAGGCAUUUACUGAAGACCCAAACACGCUUAUGAAAGACAAAGCGGUCUCCGUGGAAGUAACAGAGGAGAAGCACAUGGACGUCGGCUCCACCGCGAUCUCCCAGGAGUCCUCAGACACCACUCUGUUCAUCACAUCUCCCGAUACGUCUGUCCCCAAACCUCCGGCUCCGGACACGCCCACCCACGCACCGACCUCCCUGGUGCGCCCUGCCCCCCGCCGGCCCGAGCCGCCCGCCCCACCCGAGCUGCUGGAAGUGCCCAGGUGUUUGCCGACAGGCCGGGUAGAGCAGAGAAAGGUGCUGGUCGACAUGUGUGUCAGAGCUCUGUUCCUGUGCCUCAACCGCUUCCCCCAGCAUUACAAGAGCCUGUAUAGACUCGCCCACCUGUACGCCUGCAGCAAGACUCACAAGAAUCUGCAGUGGGCAAGGGAUGUGUUGCUAGGAAGCAGUGGCCCAUGGCAACAGCUGAAGCACAUGCCUGCACAAGGACUUUUCUGUGAGAGAAACAAAACCAAUUUGUUCAACGGCAUCUGGCGUAUCCCAGUAGAUGAAAUCGAUCGCCCGGGUAGUUUUGCAUCUCAUAUGAACAGAUCCAUCGUGCUGCUGCUGGAUGUUCUGUCUCAGUUAAGGGAUCACGACACCUUGCUGAAGAUUUCCCUCAUGCUCCACAGAAACCCUGACCAGGGAAAGAAAUAUUUGCGGGAUGUGGACCGGCAGGUCUUGGCAAAGCGCGCCUUUUUCUUCACUGUGAAAGUGCUGGAGGACAAUCUGGAUAAACUCACUGCGGUGUCUGAUCCUUCUCCUAAGCCUUCUACUUCCUCCAUAAGUGAAAUGACCACAGCCGACGUGUCCAGCCGGCCUCCCGCUACAGAGGACGCCAAACCCUCUCAACCCGUUAAACCAUGCCUUCCGGACUCGUCCUCGACGCCAUGCAUCGAUAUCACAAACACAGGACCUUCCCAGCCUAUGGCUCCUCUUUCUCAACCUACUCUAGAACCAGGAAAUCAGAACCAGGGCACAUCAGCUCUCAGUUCUCAGCAGCCCAGAGACGUUAUCUCCACCCCGGUGGAGCCGAUGGAACUCGAACCUGGAACAUGGACAGGUGCUCCGAAACCAGGUCCCCCACAGUCAAUCACCGAGGGUGUCGGUGUUUCGCACGAGCAUGGAACCCCCAGGUCUGCAGCCGAGGGGACGGAGAGACGCCUGGACAGCGCUCGGACUCCGGAGCUCUCUCUAGAAGAGCUAAGCAUCAGUUCCAAACAGCAGCUGAUGCAAGUUCAAGCGAGCGCAGUCCAGAGAGGAGCUCACGCUAUGAGCGCAGUGCGACCAAACAGGAAGAGGAAGCUGCUGGAGGAUGUCGAGUCGGGUAAGACGCUCCUAUUGGACGCGUACAGAAUGUGGCAGCAGGGGCAAAAAGUCAUGGCCUAUGACCUGGGACGCAUCGAAAAGAUAAUGUCAAAGACGUACAUGCUAAUCAAGCAGGUGGAUGAGGACGUGGCGUUGGACCAAGCCGUGAAGUUUUGCCAGGUUCAGAUGGCAACAUCAGCACAAAGACAGAAUUCCAGUGACACACCAAUCACCCCUAAGGCCAGUAAAGACCACAGAGACAUCUUCUUCCCUGCUUCCGUCUCCACGCCAUGUCUCCACACACACGCCCAAACGCUACCUGCUCAAGAGCAUGAGGCCAAGCUGAGCAAGAAUCCACGGCCUCUUCACACACACUCGCACUCUCAUACAGCCGGCACGCCGACGCAGAUGUAUUGCCCGCCUCAGGGCCAGCAGGACCAGGCACCGCCCCGGACGACACCCAGCCAGCCAAUAGCAGGCGUGGCGUUUUUACACCACACAGUAGACAGAGAAGCCUCAGCCCCAGAAGGUCUGGCAUACAGACAGCAGGAGUCUCAUUUGUGUCAGCAGAUGAAGAUGGCCACAGUGUCCCAGAGUCACAACACACAGGAGUGGAGCAGUCAGGAAGCUGCAACCUGCUCAACACACACCGACACUGAAAGCGCGGAUCAGUCGAAGCAGGGCGACGCAAGCCGGAUCCGCUCCAGAAUCCCUCCCAACAUGCCCAAGCUGCUCAUCCCCUCCACAGCCACCAAAUUCCCCCCUGAGAUCACAGUCACGCCUCCGACUCCAACGCUGCUCUCCCCCAAAGGCAGCAUCUCCGAGGAGACCAAACAGAGGCUCAAGAACGUGAUCUUGGCGUCUCAGUCCGCAGCUAACGUGAAGAAGGACACUCUGACUCAGCCGGUGCUGGAGGUACAGGAGACGUCCAGCCAGGAGUCGUCCCUCGAAAGCGAGACGGACGAAGAGGAAGAUUGGAUGGACAUUUGAGUUCUCAAACCCUAUUUGUUUUUCUGUUUACUCGUUUAUUUGCUCGUUCUUUUUGUCUCAGACUUUAUGAACCGUUUGCAUCUGUGCACUUCGCCCCAUCCCGUCAUCCUGCAGCAGUAUGCACGUUAUUUCCGCAAAAGGGCUUUUUCCUCAACGCUCGAUGAUGUCCUCUCGCUACAUGCACACUGUGUUGUCUUUUUCUCCUCACUAUUGGCGAGGGUUUUUUUUGUUUGUUUUUGUUUUUUUUGCAGUGAUGCUGCAAAGUUUGUGUGACCAGCUUUACCCCACCCGUCGGAGGCUUUAACAGUCCUAUGCACACAGCCAGUUUAAUGCAAGGCACUUAUAAUUACAGCCCAUGAAGCGUUUGGUCAGAAAGUGUUUUCCUUUUCCCUUUCUUCUUUUUGUUUUGACUUUAAUCGAAGUGAGUUUACAUCGAAUGAGGUGCUUAAACUCAUGACGUGAAUAUUUGCUCUGAUGCUGUCAAGCAAGCAAGCAUGCAAGCACUAAAACCCUGCCAGAAUUUUGUGCGUAUAUAAAUAUAUAUGUAUAUUUUGUGUGUGUUUGUGUGUGGAGAUUGUAGGGUGGAUAUUGUGUCACCCUCAAUGAAGCUUAUCGCUUUGAUCAUUGGCUGUCUUUCUUGUGUGACACGUCCAGUGCAAAAACAGCAUGAGUUUACAGUUUCCUGUAGCGCUAAUUACAUAUUUUUAAAAGAGUUUCUACACGUUUUUCACCAAAGUAUAUUUCUGACUGACAGUCUAAUUAUGUGUAUCUUAAGAGUUCACAAAGUGAGCCACUUGAUAGUCUUAUUAUGAAACACCCGUUUUUAUAAUUGGAUUUUUGUUUUGUUUUUUAAAUCAUGACAAAACAUUUUUUUUGAUCAAAUAAGCUCUUGUAAUGACUAUACUCAUGUAUGUGUUAUGUGAAAUCGUGUUACGUCUACAAUGGCAAAUUUCUUUUGUAAUAAAUCGUAGCUGGGAGUUUGAGUUUUAAACACGCAGGUUUGAGUCCUGCCACCAGCACUAACCCUGAAGAGGUUUUUCAUCUUCAACAGUAUGUACUUCUGUAACCGAAUCACGCUAAGGUAUCCGGUCAGUUUGCUUUAAAUCAGUGCAGCUUCUCAUAAUCAAGUGUCCAGCAUCAUAUCAACGUCAAGGUCUCAUCAUCAGUAAUACAGUAUAUAUUUUAAACAAAGAAAGAGAGAGUUUUUUUUUUUUUUGUGGGACUGAUGACUUUGACUGAGACAGACCUUGCUAUGAUCCUGGACACGUGGCAUUAGAAGCUGUAGAGCAUUGCGUGCAUGUUCAAAGAGGAAAUGUAUAUAUAUUUUUUGAAAAACAGAAAGCACAAGAUGUGUUGUGCUCAGCCUUCCCCUGCACAUAACAUCUGGACAUCAUAUGGACCUCCUUCCUAAACAGCCGAAUGUUGUGCUUUUGGAUUUUUUUUUAAUUAUUAAACUGUAGUUUUUCUACAAAUGGAUGGAUUCAUUCCCUCCUGUAUUUUUCUGGUUAUUGAAUAAAAAAUAAUAGUUUUUGCAAAAUAAAGAAAAAGCUUGUCAAGUGGAAAAAAAAAAAAGUUGAAAUGUGAAUGGACAUUAAACACAUCAGACCAAACUACCUGUAAAUGGAUCAUGUUUGGAGAUGUUUGUAUUUCUCUUUACAUUGUAAGAGCGUGGUUGUAGUUGCUUUUUAUUUUAUUUUUAAUUUUUUUGUAUGGCUCUGCUUGGGCUUGUACUGAGAAUGUAACUUGGUGAAGGACGGACGGUACGGGCACGGAGCUUGUCCUCUCUAUGCUCACACUUGUCCUACCGAGGACUUUUUUUUUUUUUUUUUUGACUUGCUGCAUUAAAAAUCGUCACAAAACCAAAAAUAACACUUAAUGACACUUUUACCCUUCCCUGAUUUCUGUCCUUCUUUUUCUUCUUUAAAGUAUUUAGUCCAUAUUAGUUCUUUAAAAACUAGCCCAACAUGGAAGUGCCAAAAAUGUGCAGCUGGCUACAAAAACGAGUCGAUUCCCAUGGAACACCAUGUUAAAAUGUCACACUUUACAACAGAAAUAAAGCUGAUACUAAAAAUA